CCAGUGUUAGCGAGCCAAAAAGCGCUUCCUUCACCGGAGCCACCAUUUAAAGACUCAAAAAUUGCAAUAAUUUUGGCCUUUGGCCUUUUCAUGUAAUAAAUUCAUUGACAUGAUGAGCCAAAACAAACGAAAAUUCGUACUUUUCGCCAACUGUCUCAGUGUCGUGGCCCUCGUCUUUGGAAAUGGCAGUGCAGCAAAUUUUACUGAAGAGAGGGUGCUGUCCCGACAGAAAAGAUACUUGUUAUUUCCAGAAGGUAGUAAUGUGCAGUGUGUAUUCUGUCUGACGAUUGGAUCCCUUCCCCGUCCGACUGACCUCGUCCUUGGACUGACAGCAGCUCUCGCCUGGGAGCUGCCAAACAAAGUUGACAAAAGACUACCAAAAGUACUGCAUCGUCAAAGCCGAAGUGCUCUGUUCCCACGAAUCGAGGCAUUUCUCCAGUCGACGGGUCUUGAUGGCAGGUCCUGCGUACUCAGAGCACUUUGCGAAGCUGGCCAAAGGAGACGGGAGAUGGUUGGAAAAGGAACGUUUGUUCAAGAGCUGCUCCAUUCCAUCUUUAGAUUGCGACGGGAUGGUCAUCGAUUUGAAAAGUUUGAGGAUCGAUUCUACGAUUCAGCACAUGAAAAUACCGGUGACUGCGCUAAAGACUAUCCAACUUGUAAACACUCCAUCUACGAGCUCGACGUGUAACGCUUGGAAGGUUGGGGCACCUCAAAUGCACAGUCGUUCACCAAACUUUUUUUCUCUUCUCCGAAAAUUCAUGGAAAACUUUCCAGGCAAAAACCAUUCGUGAAUACUGUCAUUCUUUUGGGGUAUUUGUAAUGUGCUAAAAGAAGUGAUAAUUUAUCAUUUUUCCUCACAUUAAUUAUAUAAGAUAAUGAAUUUCAUUUUGUUUUUAUUCAAUGUUCUUAAUCCGAAGCUUUCGAUAUUGCAAUGCGUAUUUUUUUAUUCUUCGGAAUAGUGAAACACAUCUUACCAUUGGGUUUGAGUGUUAAUAUAACAUAUUAUAUUAUUGACAACAACCGGUGAGAAAUUUGUUAAUGAGACCGAGCAGACACGUCUCGACGGAGAAGCCGAAAAACACCCACACGAGUCCGUCUGGCAACAUGCCUAUCGGCAAGGGAAUUCGGGGAUUCUCCAAGUCUUGUAAAAACGUCGAUGUCUUCGCAUAUCCGUUGCAUUCAAGGGGCGUUUGGGAGGGGGGGGGGAUUUAUGGCCAUUCGGUGUAGGUCUCAACAGUUUGACAAAUCUUUAUCUGGGGCGACCUGAGGAGACAGGGGAAAUUUAAUACGAGUGUUCGGAGCCAUAUAGAGAUAGUGAUCCUUACAGAAAAUAAUAUAAGUAAACUAUGAUCUAAUUUAAAUUUCUUUUAUAACUUUUUUUAUAUUCUUAAAGAAUAACCAUGUAACUUAUCAUAAAAACUUCUUUCAAAUUUACAAAUGAUUUGUGGAAAGAUUGUAUCCAUUAAUUGAAAUAAGCUAAUAAACGAA